AGAACUUAUUACAAAAAGUUGGAGUUUGGUACAGUCAAACCCUUAUACCUAAAUUACACAAACGAAAUCAUCCCCUUUGAUUCCUCUGUUUGAAUCACGCACAGAUUCUCUCUCUGUUUUCUAAUCCAGAGUUCUUGAUGAACCCCAACCCUUAAUCGCACACCCCAGAACAAGACAAAGAGAUGAAAACCUGAUAAUUGCUCGAUAUUUUAGAGUUCUUGACAAAACCCUCUUCUUAAAUCCACACCAACGAAGAAGAAACCCUGUAAAUUGGGAUUGAAUAUCUUAUGUUUCUAGAUUGAUUAGAGAAUGAAAGUACCAAGAGGGUUUAUCGCUAAACUAUGGAGCUUCAUCUCCUUCCUUCCUUUCUUCCUCCUCCUCCUUUCUCUCGGUCUGCUUAAAGGGGUGAUAAUUGGCUCAAUUGUGGUAGUGAUAAUGGUGGUCGGAAAUUCGUCGGUUGCUAUCGGACUUUGGCCGGCGCAUUUCUUCUGGACAUACUACUGUGUUCUCAAGACUAAAAGGGUUGGAUGGGUGUUGAAAUUGCUUGUUCUUCUGUUCUUACCUCUUCCUCUUGUACUAUGGCCUGUUGUCGCCAUCGUCGGUAGCCUCCUCGGCGGAAUAGGUUUUGGGUUUUUCUCUCCGUUAAUCGCAACCUUUGAAGUUAUUGGCACAGAUCACAAAGACAAGUGCUUCCAUUGCUUUGUUGAUGGAUGUUUUUCUACACUCGAAGGUAGUUGCACUGUGGUUCGAGAUUUUACAGAUUUUUGCUUCCAUUCUUACUUCUCAUUCAUGGACGAUCUCAGUGAAGAAAUUCCCGCCGGCGAGAAACCAGUCGACAUCAGAUUAUCCAAAUUGCCAAAGAGUUUAUUCAUCAUCCCCAUCGCCAUCGCCAUCGACGUACCUCUGAUAACCGGCGUUGCUCUAUGUAAGAGUCCAUACAUGCUGAUUAUCGGAUGGAAGAGACUAUUAGAAGACUUGAUCGGGAGAGAAGGCCCUUUUCUGGAAACUGUCUGUGUGCCUUUCGCCGGACUUGCCAUCGUCUUAUGGCCUUUAGCAGUCGCCGGAGCUGAAGAUUCAAUCAAGUUUGGAUUUGCGUACAUCGUGGCUGUGGUUUCAUUGUUUGAUGAGUACACAAACGACUUGCUUUACUUAAGAGAAGGAUCAUGCUUUCCUAGACCAAGAUAUCGUGAGAACAUGAAAGCAUCUGAUGGGUUAGAGAGAAGGAAUUCAAUUGAUAUCAAGAACGAAAAGGAAAGCUCAAGAGGAUCAAGAUUGGUUUCACAACGUUCAAAAACUUUGAAACAGGCUCUUCAACAGUACACACCUGUGCAAGUUUGGGAUUGGUUGUUCAAGUCAUGUGAGGUGAAUGGAAGAAUACUUUUUCGCGAUGGUUUGAUAGAAGUUAAAGACAUUGAAGAAUGUAUAGUGAAGGGGAAAUGUAAGAAACUAGGGAUCAAAUUACCCGCAUGGUCUAUAUUACAGUGUCUUCUUGCUUCAGCAAAAUCUGAAUCUUCGGGUUUAAUUAUUUCGGAUGAGGUGGAGCUAACGAGGACAAAUUUACCGAGGGAUAAAGUAUUUGAGUGGUUCAUUGGGCCACUUUUGAUAAUGAAGGAGCAAAUCAAGGGGCUUGAAUUGAGUGAAGAUGAAGAGUUUUGUUUAAAAAAGCUUGUGAUGAGGAACAAGAACGAGAGACCGGAAGAUUGGGAUGAUACCGGUUUCCCAUCCGCGGAUCAUGUUAGACGAGCACAACUACAAGCUAUCAUACGACGGUUGCAGGGUAUAGUGGGUUCAAUGUCUAGAUUGCCAACUUUUAGGAGGAAGUUGAAGAAUUUGGUGAAGGUAUUGUAUCUCGAGGCACUUCAAUCUGGAAUUAUAGCGAGCCAGGGACAGGGUGGGGGUAGUUCGAUAAGUAGGCGUAAGAGUCAGGGUUCGGUUGGAACUGUGGACACGAAAGGUCCAGUCGUGACCCAGGAAGAGAGGCACAAACACAACCCUCAGGUUCCAGAGGAUGUGGUAUGAUUUGUAUCGAGUUUAAUUUCCAAAUCACAUGGAUGGUGUUUCAGUUGGAUGCUCGUAUCAUUUGUAAACAAAAGGGUAAAUUGGUCAUUUACUUUCAUCGGACAGUCCAAAAAAGAAAGUCGUAAUGUAUAUAACACUUAUAUAACACUUACUUCAGGCAUAUUACCUUGAAUUUCAACAAAUCAGUCCU